GUGGGUGAAGAGGGAGAGGGUAUAUGAGUGCAACUGCAAGUGUUGCAAAUCACCCGACCUGUUGCCUCUGUGCCAUGAAGACUCUCCUGUUGAUCACCGCCGCCCUGGCUGGCUUUUCCAGUACCGCUGACGCGGAUGGAACCUGGUGUGAUUGCUCCCUAAUGGUCAAUUACGAGACCUCGAUCAUCAUGGUUUAUCAGUUUCCUGAGAUCGAUAUUGCUAAUUGCGAUGAUGAUAUUGACUGCGAGAGGAAAUGCAAGGACCUGAUUUCAGAUAACACGAAUAACAUAGAUUUGUGGGCGCUGGAUGAGCACGGGCACACUGUAGGAUUUCACGUGUGUGACUUCCUCUACAACAACGGGCAUAUACCCUUUAUCUUCAACAAAAUCGUCCAUGGCUACUCCCGAGCGUGUGGAGGCCCUUGGAGGUACACAGAGCAGGAUUCGACGGACAUGUUAUGCUGCGACAUGGGAGUUCACGAUCACUGCACUGGAAGGAAAUAGUCCCUGUAUUUAUAACCAAGAGCGUCAUUGACAAAAUAUAUGUUGAUAAAAUAUAUAUUGAUGUUAGCGUACCAAACCUACUGAAAGUUCAGUGAAAGGGGAAGAAAUGAAUAAAUAAUUUUAUUCUGGAUCAGCUAGAUAAAUCUUUUCGAUUGUUUUCCGAUUUAGAAAACACGCAUUCAGAGACCCCAACUUUACACCCUUGGAAUCCCAUAUAUUGGUUUCGAUUCCUUUAAACACCUACAGACCCUCUCCAUUCGACUGACCUCUGGAAGUUGUGAACAAUAAAGAUUAGAACCAGGAUUA